GAAGGAAUAGGGCGUAAUCUUCCCGGCUGGCUUCGUGGAAGUAAGCGAACCCUAAUUCGCUAUCUCGAUCCCCAAUUAUUGAUCUCCGUUAACUCGUCGGCGGAAGCCCUCUGAAUCCUUAAUUCGUCAAGGAACUGCUAGAAAUCCGCUCUCGUCUUCGGCCCCUUUAAUCCUUUUGCGCAGCAUCUUCUAUUUCGGCAGAUCUGAUGGCAACAAAACCAUUAACAAAUGAAGCAAUUGCCAUGACUGAGAAGAAGAUGGACAUGGCAUUGGAUGAUAUUAUUAAAAUGUCAAAGAAAAAUGCAGCUAGAGGGAAAAGACCUCCAAGGCCUCCUAUCAAAAACCAAGGGUUUCAGUAUACAAAUCCUUCCCAAGGUAACACCAGGGCACAGCACUUCAUCGAUUCUAGAUCAUCGAUUAGACAGGGUGUUCUCGCAACGAGAAGGUCAAAUUUUCAUGGGAAUCAGUUCCCAGUAACAACAGAGAUGGCAAGGAAGUCUGUUGGCAUGCCCAUUCGCAGUAGGAUGAUGAAUCAAAAUGGACGAAGGACCAAGACUACAGGAAUUCAGAGAAAAGUUGCUGAUGUGAGCUCUAUUCGGAAGGUAACUUUUUAUGAAAACAAAGAUAAGGUGGUUGCCAAGAAGCGGCCUCAGACCUUGGAUGCGCUCUUUGCCAAUAUGAAGGAACAGAGGAUGAAGUUUAUGAAUCAGAAGAUGAAUCAUGGAAUCAGCAUUCCUCCAGCACAAAGGCACGUUGCACCAAGGCAACAGCAGCAGCAAGGAAGAGCAGGGCCACGUGGUGGUGGUCCUCGACGCCAAUUUGGCAACUUUGCCAAGUGAGGACAGUUUGCUUUGUGGUGCUCAAGUUCGAAAGCAAAUUGCUAUCUUUUCAAUUCGGUUUGGUUUGCAAUCGCAUGACAAAUCAUUCCACUAGAAAACCUAUGGCCACUGUUUGUUUGUUGGAAGUCUAGUUGCCCACCGUACUACUUUCUUGUAAAGCAGCAGUGAUGUUCUUUGUUUUACGUUGAACUACUAGCAGCUUGGUGACAAAUUAUCUUAGCGAUUCCAGAUUUGAAGUUUAUGCUCAA